GAGAUCGUGGUAGUUUCCUCGGGGCUGCUUGCCUGCAGUUGCUGCCCGUCUGCAGGAGCGGCACUGCCCCGCUGGCCCCUGAUGUGAUGGCGAGGAAACCCCGUUGACAAGGCACUGCUUUUUCAUGACGUGCCUCUCUUGUCUGUGUAGGAGCUCAGAGGCAUCUGAUGAGAAGUCCCAUGAUUCCUGUAAACACUCACCAUGGAUGAUGAAGAUGAUCGCCGUCUUCUAGACAUCAUAGGAGACGUGCAGGCAUUGAAUGAUUAUCUUCAUGGUUCCAGCAACAAAUCAAUCGAUGAAGAUGAUGUGGCGAAUGCGGCCUUCGGCUCGGCCAGCUUCUUCAUCAGUGGCUCCGUCGACCCUGUCUCCGUGUUGAACGACUCUGCCAACCACUUGGGCGAGGUGGAUGGGUCCACGCUGCAGCUCCCCAGCAGCCUUCAGUUCAUCGAGGAGGAGCUGGGGAGGGCCUCACCGUCGGCAGCAGAGCUGGGGGAGGAGCAGCCCUUCGACAUCCUCCAGAAGUCUCUGCAGGAGGCCGACAUCACGGAGCAGACCCUGGCGCAGGAGGCUCUCCUGGAAUCUCCCACCUCCUCCUUGGCAUUCCCUCAACAGCUUGUGUCCGGGGGUGUCGGCAUGUCUCCCUGUGCACAGUUCACCGGAGUACAGUCCCAGGGCUUCCACCAGGGGGCGCCUCCUCCAGCUGUGCCAAAUGGAUCGGCCGCCCACAUCCAGCUAAUGGGAUCUUUCGGCGAGCCCACCUCUAUGGUGACUAUCAGCGGCUUGGAGCGGCCUCAGAUCCUGUUGCAGCCAGGUCAGCCCGACUCGCCCGGGCUAGCAGGGGGCGCAUUGGUGCAGAGGCCAUCAUGUGCCACUGGGGCAACACCGGGAGCCACGUUCAGCCCCUCUGCAGGCAGCGGCCAGGUGUCCAUGCCCUUCAAAGGCAGUACGACGCCCAUACCCCUUCAGAACAUCAUUAUCCAGAGAGGUCCCUCCCCACAGAUGCUGGUUAAGCCCAUUCAGCCUAAGCCUUUACAGGUAGGGGGCCAGACUGUAUACAGUGUCAGUGGCUUGGGUCUGCAGCCCCAAGGCCCAGCCCCUGGCAGUGGCACCUACACUGCUGGCCCCACCCAGAGCCCCCAACAGAUGACUGUUAACAUUGUGAACCAGCCAGGCCUCCAGAAGCCUGCCUUGGGCCCCCAGGUGGCCAACCACUCGGGCAGCAUAGUGAUCCAUUCGGCUGUGGGGCAGCAGCAUCAGACCAGCUUACCCCUGGGGCAAUACCGGCUGCCCUCCUCUCUGCCUUUUACCCCAGGCACAGCCACACCCGCCGUCCAGGCCCUGAAUGGGCAGGUCUUACAGACACAGGUCCAGGGUACGUCCAACCAAGGCUUCGUGACUCAGACUGCCACCAGCACCUAUUCUGGGGCAUUCUUGACCAAUCAGAGCAUGGCUGUGCAGCUUGUCUCUGGGCAGAACUUUUUGACAGCGGGGCAGCUGGUGGUGAACCAGAGCGUGGUGAGUAGCCAGCUGGGACAGUGCUCCCCAGCUUUAGUCCAAAUGUCUCAGAGCCCAGCAGUUGCAGCAAAAGCCCCUGUGGCCUUCACCGCCAGCUCCAGCGCACUGGGAUCUGCCCCCGUUCAGAGCCACUAUGCGCUUGUCAAUGCUACGGAUUCGGCCAGCGUUGGGUAUGCGACUCAGGUGCAGACGAUGCAAGGGACGGCGCUUCCGGGGGGGCAGGAGCUUCAGCUGGGAUCGCAGUUCCUGGUUUCCCGGGAGCAGGACUCCACCCGCCAGCUGCAGCCUGAGACGCAUUUACCCCAUCAGAACCAGGACUCGCAAUUCACACCAAGUGUUACCAAGAUGCAAGAUGGGCAGAGGCAACCACAGCUGGUCAACCUGCUAGGCCACUCAGCGUUGAAGGCAUCUGCAGCCCUGGAAACGGUGGUGUACUUGCCAAACCAGCUUGGCUCUGCUCCCACAGUCGGCAGUCAGGUCAGCAUGCUGAAAAGACCUGCCCCCCGCCAGCUGACCAAGAGUGACAUGAUCCUCCAGCAGGUCCAGUGGGACCAGGCCAGGGCUCUGGCACCAGACCGGUCACCAUUCUCCUCCCUUGAGGAUGCAGCCCGCCGGCUCUUUGCUUUCCACGUGUUCCAGGGGGCCCUGCCUUCCAGCGAUGACCUCAGAAAAGUGGACGAGGAGUUUGAAGAGGCAGCUUCACAUGCCCUUAAGCGAACCCAGGCCAUGCUGAACAAAUACCAGCGCCUCCUACUGGUCGAGGCUGAACGGAUGUGUCCCUCAUCAGAGAUAGUGAUGAUUGACAGGACAUUCAACCAAGAGGAGAGGCGCUGUCUAACACAGGACAAGCGAUUGGCCAUGGUGGACCCAGAGGGCUACCUGGAGGAUUUCUGCUGUCUGCCGAAGCCCUCACAGACAGGAAAGGGUGAGCAGGUUAGUCCCCUUGGGGGAGCAGAUCCAGUCAGCAUGGCCGACCUGCCGCGGGAGUUCCCGUGCCUCACCAGCAGCAUGGUGACGUGCUUCACCCAUCGCCAUGGUGACGGCACGCUCACAGAAGUGCAGCUCAGAGGAGGGUCGAGGGACCCCUCGGUCAGGACAGAGCUUCAGCCCGGCUGUAAGGACCCCGGAGGGGGGACGCUACAGCAGCAGCAGCCGGGGGUGUCCAUCAGUGCCCACCUGGAGACUGCCAUCAAGAGUGUCCUGGACCCCAAGAAGACCCAAGGCUGCUCUCUCAGCAUGGUUGUCGACGGAAAUGCCAGCGGCCACAGCGCAGGUGGCUUCAUGGGCCCCCAUGCCGGCCAGAACAGCCCCCACCUGUUAAAGUCCCCAGCCGACGCAGACUCAGCCCUGGAGGCAGCUGUGAAUAGCAUUCUUGAAUGUUAGUGCCAUGUUGCCCACCUGUGUUUCAUGCUCUUUUCCUCCCUCGUGUCUUCUCACCGCUUUGACUGACAGGUGGCGAGGGACUGGGACAGAAGGGGGUGGGGCCUAACGGCCCGUCAGCCCCGUCACCGCGGUCUCGCCUUCACCCUGGCCGCAGCCUUGGGGCGGCAGGGCCGUCUGCGUCGCGCGCGGCGUCCAGUCGGUCGCUUCCCGCAUCUCGUCUUGGUGCGCGAGUGGUUUAUGCACGCUCAUUUGCAUGUCAGUGUGAGAUGCUGGCGGAAAACCCCGCCCCUCAGCUGGCGCUCAGUGAUGAUGUCACUCUACUUCUCUGUGUCUGUCCUUAUGUGCGUCUGUCUAGUCCCGUCUCCGUGAUAUAACCCUAAACCUGAAGUGAGCCACACCUAUGAGAAUUCUGGUUUAAAUGUAUUUUUAAGUAGCAGGUUUUUAUGCCGUUAGUUAGUCCUUUUUAUUUCAGCAUGCGCUCGUUACGUUUUCUUUUGUACCUUACAGGUAUGUGACCCCCGCUCUCAGAGGAGUGCUUCGUACUGGGGUAAUGCAGCUCUCAGAUUGAGGUGUGAUAUUCCACAUUGUUGUUAAUGUAUAGUCCUUGGGGUUUAUCUCCUUCAUUUUGAGUGAUCCUUUACUUUUCAGCGUUUGGUUGUCUAUACAAUCAAAAUGCCUCGAAACGGAUCCUCCUGUUUAUGGAAACGUGUGCAAUCACUAUUUUUUUUUUAGUUUUUUUUUGCCUUUGUCAUUCAGGCUUUGAGCGAUGGAUAUUUUGUGUAAUUUAUCACUACAGUGGCGGCCUUGUUGUGAAUUCCUGUCAGACACUGGCCACGGUGUUGCGGGACUGUUGAACGAAUACAGUUCACUAAAUGCUCAGAAGGUUCAGGUCUUUGGACUUUCCUCUAGGGGGCACCCCUGAGACAUGAACAAACUGAUGGACAGUUUUGGUUUAUCUAAUUCUACAAUAGGUUUACAGUCUGAUGACACGUUAAAGAAAAUAAUAUGAAGUAAUGCUUUUAUCGUGGGAUGCAUUUGACCGAAUUUGAGGUUUUGAUUUUAUUACUUAAAAAGCUCUUACAAGCACUGCCUUUCAGCAGAAUCGACCCUUCCUGGUACUUGCCUUUUUGGUGCUGUGGAGCUGGGGAGGGGUGUCAUCUCGAGCCACCUCUCUCCUUCUCGCGUGUCAGAGGUAGGAAAGCACUGGGUCGUUUACACGGUGCCCUUGUUCACAGAUACUGAGUGUGAGGUGAUCUCCUCGAAUGAACAGCAAAUAGUGGCUUUCUGCUGUUUACGCACUUUGAUCUGCGACGUUACCCUUUUGGGCUUCAUGUGAGCUGAGCAUGUAUUCUUCAAAGACAAAAGGUUGAAGUUGUCUGGUACAAAUAAAUGCUCUUUGGGGGGGGGGGGUAUAUAUACUGUAAGUACUGACAGGGCUGGAAGGGUAGGUAGGGGGGGUGUCAAAAUGCAUCAGUAAUUUUUCACAAAGAGGGCUCUGUGGUGUCAGUGCUGAUGAUGUCCACCUGGACAGAGCGUGUCUCUAUGGAAACAUGCCAUUGCACGUGACUUUACAAUGGGAUAGAUUAGAAUGACCAUUUAUGACUGAAUUAGACAGUGGAUUAUAGGUAGUUUCAUACCUGUUUAUGUGUAUGUGUUUAUAUGUGUAUCCUACACAUCAUUCUGCUCAUCACCUUGUCUGUGUUCCCGAUUUGACGGUUGUAUGUUUUCAUUUGGUAAACUACAUAUGCCUUUCUCAAUCCAGCCAAAAUAAGGGACGAGAGACCUAUAUUGUUGACUGCACUCUACAAUGAAGAGCUAAAAGAAUAAUAAUUAAAAAACCCAAAGCCCUGAGUUGCGAAUGGGCUUGUUGCCUUAGGAGAAAACAUGUGUGAACUCCUUCAUGAAUUUCAUUUUGGUUUCGUUGUGUUUUGCUGCUUUGUUCAGUAUGUAUAUCCAAGCGAGGCCUUACCAGAUGACUUCGCCUGUCUCAUCGCAGACCUGCUGUCGUUUAACUUUUUAAUUUUAUUUUUUAAUAUUUUGUUUAUAUCGAAUCAAUCUCAUGCAAAACUUGAUUUGUAUAGUUCUGUUUUGUAUAAACAUUGACGGAAAAAAUGAGAACAGAAUAUUUAUAAUUUUUUGUAAAAAGAAGUUAUUUUUAUUGUCUAUGAAGUGUUACACGAUUUGAAAAGUAUGAUAUAUCGUUUUGAUUUUUACAUUUGUUUUGUGUGGGUGUUAACGACAACUGCAAAUAAAAAGAGGAAAUGAUGAAAAGCAUUUUGAAAACCAGCCAAAGACUUGCAGCAGCCGCUGUUGUGUGUCUCUGCAGAGGUCCUCAGCUGUGUCAUGCAUCUAUUGUGUAUUUUCUUAUUGCUUAAUGUUGACAGCAUCAUCGUGUUAAUAAUAAAAAGUUAACACAAAAGUAA